AUGUUCAUGGAGAAGCAGACGAUCCAAGAAGCAGGCAGUUGUAAACCCUUAACCACCUUUGUGCAAACAGACACAGUUGCUUUCCGAGAGGUCGUGCAGCGAUUAACAGGACCAUCAGAGGGUGAUGCAGCACAAGGAGCAGUGACAAAGGCCACAGGCAUUAAGAGGCAAACCACCAAACUCCAUGAAAGAAGGCAAUACAUGAGGCCAAAGCUUGAGAUAGUCAAACCUCCUGUCAAUUUUAAGCCUUCCAGUUCUCCAAGCAUAUCAGGGAUUGCUGGUUUUCUCCCGAGCCCUGUAGGUACCCCAUCCACAAUUUUCUCAAAACUGUCCAUACAAGAAGAAGAAAACAAACUUGAGUCAGCAAUUCCAAAUUUAAAUGGUGAGGAAGAAGAGAAAGCCAUCAAAGAGAGGCGAUUUUACUUGCAUCCAUCACCUCGAUCCAGACCAGGAUACACUGAACCCGAGUUACUUCCCUUGUUUCCAUUAACAUCCCCUAAAACAAGUGACAAACGAUGAACUAGACUAUACAUUUUUCCUACGAUGAUUUUCUUUUGACACUCGGGUCAAGCAUAUUAUCAUAUACAGGGUUCUUUGAAGUUUGGAAAACUGAGACAGUAUUGUAAAACAUCUCUUUGAUCCCCAAUUACCAUUUAAUCUACAUUGCCUUCUUUUUCUUUUUUCCCUCAACAAUCAUAUAUAUAGGAAAAGAGUUUCCCUGAGAUGAUAUGUGUCAUGUGCCAAGGAAGUAUUCAAACUAAGUGCUGCAGAACUUAACAAUCGAAGAGUCAAAUUGCAGCUGACUGGAUGCAAUCUUUAAUGUAUUUGUUAGUAUCUCUACCAAAAAAGAAAAUUUUCCAUGAGUAACAAUUUACUGCUUCAAAUUGUGAAGUCCCUUGCAUUUUUAGUAAAUUUGAAACAAACCACCAAAAUUAGCGUCAAAGACCCUGAAAUGUUAAGCCCCAAUAUUUGAGAUUCAAACGUGAAGAAAUAGUACGAGGACAAUUCACUGUACUUGAAGCAGUGGUGGGAAAAGAUCAAGCAAAUACAGAAUAUUUGGGAGAAACAUGCAUAUGUAGUAGCAAAUAUGUGCAUAGUAGGAAUGUUUGAAUCUUGAUAAAUUAUCAGUCUGAAUAAAAUUAGAAAUAGAAGCUGCCGUCAUAUGCAAGUAACCACCAGAAUUCAGAACAAACAGAAAGGAGGUACCUUAAAAAGAAAAAGAUUCUGACUAAAUAAAACAUAUGAAAUAUUCAUCUACAUGUCUAAAAAGUUUUACACACAACAAUGUGGAAGUCUAUAAUAUACUCAACAUUUUGCAUUAAUUUAACCAUAACAAAAAGUUUCAUGAACCUGAAGCAUAUAAGAA